AUAGAGAGAGAGAGAGAGAGAGAGAGAGAUCAUCAUGAACCCUAAAGCGCUUUGCUCUUCUUCUUCUUCUUCUUCUUCUUCUUCCUCUUCCUCAUCAUUGACAUCCGGGUCUUGGAACAGCUCCAAGGUAUGGAUCGUCCACGGAAUCGUCGCCGGAGUCGCAAUUGCGGCGGCGAUCGGCGCCCGGGUCUACCUGGGCCCAGUUAAGAAGUUCCGGAGCCGGGUCGUCGGCAUCAUACCCGCCCGUUUUGCUUCGUCGCGGUUUGAGGGGAAGCCUCUUGUUCAGAUCCUCGGAAAGCCCAUGAUCCAGAGAACAUGGGAAAGGGCAAAGCUGGCAACUACAUUGGAUCAUAUUGUUGUGGCGACAGAUGAUGAGAAGAUAGCAGAAUGCUGUAGAAGUUUUGGCGCUGAUGUCAUAAUGACCUCAGAGUCUUGUGCUAAUGGUACUGAGCGUUGUUAUGAAGCCAUUCAGAAGCUUGAGAAGAAGUAUGAUGUAGUUGUCAAUAUUCAGGGGGAUGAGCCUCUUGUUGAACCAGAGAUAAUAGAUGGGAUUGUUAAAGCUCUGCAGGAAGCCCCAGAUGCAGUGUUUAGCACCGCAGUCACGUCUUUAAAACUUGAAGAUGCAUUUGAUCCGAAUCGAGUGAAAUGUGUGGUGGAUAAUAAUGGUUAUGCUAUCUAUUUUUCAAGGGGGCUGAUUCCAUUUAACAAGUCAGGCAAGGCCAAUCCACAGUUUCCAUAUAUGCUCCAUCUAGGAAUUCAGAGCUAUGAUACAAAGUUUCUAAAGAUAUAUCGAGAGCUGAAGCCCACCCCUUUGCAACUAGAAGAGGAUCUGGAGCAGCUUAAAGUUCUUGAAAAUGGUUAUAAAAUGAAGGUGAUUAAGGUUGACCAUGAGGCUCAUGGUGUCGACACUCCCGAAGAUGUUGAGAAGAUAGAAGCUUUAAUGCGUGAGCUAAACAUGUCGUAGUUCCUGGUGAAUUGGUAGUGCAUCAGAAUAUGACAAUUGGAGUAACAACUUGUCUAGGCUCACACUUGUCAUGUUUAUAGUUGUAAUUAAGCAUCACAUGGGAUUUGCUUCCAUGCUGGCUUGUAUACAUGAGUACAUACAGCUGUCUGGUUAAAUUAUCUAGGAAGGGGAAAGGUACAAGGUUGGUGUUUAUACAGAUCCCCCUGUAUAUCAAGAGUGAUUUAGUUUUGCUUUAAGAAAAAGAGAUGAUUUAGUUGUGGAUUCGGCUCAUUAGUUGUUAAGUUCAGAGAUUUCUAUGAUGGUUAGUUGAACCUUUGACAUUUGUAUCUCUAGUUUGUGUUAUUCCUCUGUUA